GAAUCCAUGGUCAUUUCGCCAUCCAUGUGAAGACGUUGUACCCUGACUCGCCUUUCAUUGCCUCACUUUUCUUAUCUGUGAAAUGGGAAAAUUGAUGGAACCUUCUUGAUGGGGUGGUUUUGAGUUUUUAAUGUGUUCAGUGCUUGUAAAGGAUUUAACAUGGAUACUACGGGCUCAAAAAGUGCUGGACCAUCGCGACAAGGUAUAUGAGCAGCUGGCCAAAUACCUUCAACUGAGAAAUGUCAUUGAGCGACUUCAGGAAGCUAAGCCCUCGGAGUUAUAUAUGCAGGUGGAUUUGGGCUGUAACUUCUUCGUUGACACAGUUGUCUCAGACACUUCACGAAUCUACGUGGCCCUUGGAUAUGGUUUUUUCUUGGAGUUGACACUGGCAGAAGCUCUCAAGUUCAUUGAUCGUAAGAGCAAUCUCCUCACAGAGCUCAGCGACAGCCUCACCAAGGACUCCAUGAAUAUCAAGGCCCAUAUCCACAUGUUGCUAGAGGGGCUUAGAGAACUACAAGGCCUGCAGAAUUUCCCGGAGACACCUCACCAUUGACUUCUUCCCCGCUUCCUCAGACAUUAAAGAGCCUGAAUGCCUUUGA